UAGGCUCCGAGAUCUCGUUUGACGCUCGCACUGCUCUCUCGUCCUCUCUCUCUCUCUAGCGCUCUUCUUGGGGACCGCUUCCUACUCCGCCCGCGACGAAAGAUGGCAUCACACAUUGUUGGAUAUCCUCGCAUGGGGCCCAAGCGAGAGCUCAAAUUUGCAUUGGAGUCUUUUUGGGAUGGGAAGAGCAGUGCCGAUGAUUUGCAGAAAGUUGCAACUGAUCUCAGAUGUUCCAUCUGGAAGCAAAUGGCUGAUGCUGGGAUCAAAUACAUUCCUAGCAAUACUUUUUCUUACUAUGAUCAAGUGCUUGAUACCACAGCAAUGCUUGGUGCCGUUCCUGAGAGGUACAACUAUACUGGUGCAGAGAUUGGAUUUGAUAUUUAUUUCUCCAUGGCUAGGGGAAAUGCCUCUGUGCCUGCUAUGGAAAUGACCAAGUGGUUCGACACCAACUAUCAUUUCAUUGUCCCGGAGUUGGGCCCAAACACAAAGUUCACCUACUCUUCUCACAAGGCCUUGUCUGAAUACAAGGAGGCAAAGGCGCUCGGAAUUGAGACUGUUCCGGUACUCAUUGGUCCUGUGACAUACUUGUUGCUCUCAAAACCUGCUAAAGGUGUUGAGAAAUCAUUUUCUCCUCUUUCACUUCUCGGAAAUAUUCUGCCCAUUUACAAGGAAGUUACUGCUGAGCUAAAAGCAGCUGGUGCUUCAUGGAUCCAGUUUGAUGAGCCAACCCUUGUCAUGGAUCUUGAGUCUCACCAAUUGGAGGCAUUCACAAAGGCCUACACGGAACUAGAAUCAUCAUUAUCUGGCUUGAAUGUGCUUAUUGAAACUUACUUCGCUGAUGUUCCUGCAGAAGCAUACAAGACCAUCACUGCUUUGAAGGGUAUCUCAGGUGUUGGGCUUGAUCUCAUUCGUGGAACCAAGACACUUGACUUGGUCAAGAGUGCAGGCUUUCCAGCUGGUAAGUAUCUUUUUGCUGGAGUCGUGGAUGGAAGGAACAUUUGGGCGAAUGAUCUUGCAUCCUCUCUCAGUACUCUCCAGGCUCUUGAGGCCAUUGUGGGCAAAGACAAGCUUGUCGUCUCAACUUCAUGCUCACUCAUGCACACUGCUGUUGACCUUGUUAAUGAGACAAAGCUGGAUUCUGAGAUUAAGUCAUGGCUUGCUUUUGCUGCACAAAAAGUGGUUGAAGUAAAUGCAUUGGCUAAAGCAUUGGCUGGUCAGAAGGAUGAGGCUUUCUUCUCAGCUAAUGUGGCUGCUCAGUCUUCAAGAAAGUCAUCUCCUAGGGUGACCAAUGAAGAAGUUCAAAAGGCGGCUGCUGCUUUGAAGGGCUCUGACCAUCGUCGAGUUACCAAUGUUAGUGCUAGGCUAGAUGCACAACAGAAGAAGCUGAACCUUCCAAUUCUUCCUACAACCACAAUUGGUUCAUUCCCUCAAACAAUGGAUCUUCGGAGAGUCCGACGCGAAUGCAAGGCAAAUAAAAUCUCUGAGGAGGAAUAUGUGAAGGCCAUCAAAGAGGAAAUCAGCAAAGUUGUUAAGCUCCAAGAAGAACUUGAUAUUGACGUCCUGGUCCAUGGAGAGCCAGAGAGAAACGACAUGGUUGAGUACUUUGGGGAACAGCUAUCAGGCUUUGCAUUCACAGUCAAUGGUUGGGUGCAAUCUUAUGGAUCUCGAUGUGUUAAGCCUCCCAUUAUUUACGGUGAUGUUAGCCGUCCCAAGGCAAUGACUGUUUUCUGGUCUAAAAUGGCUCAGAGCAUGACUGCUCGUCCAAUGAAGGGAAUGUUGACAGGCCCAGUCACAAUUCUCAAUUGGUCAUUUGUUAGAAAUGACCAACCAAGGUUUGAGACUUGCUAUCAGAUUGCUCUUGCUAUCAAGAAAGAAGUCGAGGAUUUGGAAGCUGCUGGUAUUCAGGUUAUCCAAAUAGAUGAAGCAGCUCUCCGAGAAGGCCUUCCUCUUCGCAAGUCCGAGCAAGCUUUCUAUUUGGACUGGGCUGUUCAUUCCUUCAGGAUCACAAACUGUGGCGUCCAGGACACUACUCAGAUUCACACCCACAUGUGCUACUCUAACUUCAAUGAUAUCAUCCAUUCCAUCAUCGACAUGGAUGCCGACGUGAUCACAAUUGAGAACUCCCGUUCUGAUGAGAAGCUCCUCUCUGUGUUCCGUGAGGGAGUGAAGUAUGGUGCUGGUAUUGGCCCAGGCGUGUACGACAUCCACUCUCCGAGGAUACCAUCCACAGAGGAGAUUGCCGACCGCAUCAACAAAAUGCUUGCCGUUCUCGAGACUAACAUUCUCUGGGUUAACCCAGACUGUGGGCUCAAGACUCGCAAGUAUGGUGAAGUUAAGCCUGCUCUGACCAACAUGGUUUCCGCAGCGAAGCUCCUCCGCACCCAAUUGGCCAGCACCAAGUGAGUCUCGACUACCACCCUACCGUCGCAGCUCUAGUGAUAUUCUUAGUCAAAGAUAAAAAUUCUCUGAAUGUUAUCAAAUAUCAAUAAUGUCAGUCUGUCCGUCAUUGCUAUGCCAAUAGUUGGCAAAUUAGGUCUGUUAUUGGAAUCUUUACCUCUGUUUCUAUCUCUGGGUUUUUGAGGUGGGUAUCGUGUAGACUUCCUUGCUCUUGAGAACCAAAAGAAAUACAAAUGAGAUGUCAGUGUGAUUCUUGCUUUUGAUUCUAAA